AGUGAUGUUUCUGUGCUUUCGCGUCUUACUGGCAUCGAAUCGCGCCUUCAUGCUCUAGAGGGAAGUCGGAAUGGCACCCAGGCCAACGGGACCUCACAAGGUCCCUCCCAGGGAGGCCAAGACCUAGCCCUCAGCACCAUUCCAGACCUUCACACAGCCUCCGCACAGAAGAUGCUUCACUGCUGGCCGAGAAUUCGGUUGAAUCUGACUCUUCCGGGGGUCAUAUCGACAACAUAUCUAUCGGAAUCUGACAUGGCAGAUCACGCAUUACUGGAAACAAUGACAUCCAGUCAUGACGCGCCGCAGAUCUUGUUGUGGCAAGUGGCUGAUGCCAUUGACCACUUCUACGGCAAUUCGCUUGCUGAAUUACCGCUAUUCAUCCCGGAGCUUUUUGACAUUUGUGCGCUCCUGAGCCGUGACUGCGUUAUCAGCAGUUUCACGGCAGAACCACUCUCCCCUAACAAUGCUUCUCCACAUACUACCACAAUAGAUCUCGAGAGGCUAUCCAUUGCUCAGUUGCUAGUUCUUUCUCUAGCAAAAACGUCAAUGGCUAAUGACAUGGUAACCGACACUCCCCCAGCAAGAAGGAUCUCUGCCCACGCUUUCACGAUCGCACUCCAGAAGCAAUGGGUGCUACUGUCUCGCCCGGACGAAGAACGUGUUCCGUUGGUUCUACUGACGGCAUACUGCCUUGUCCACUUCUGGGCUCGACCAUUUCAGGCCCUCGGUCUGUUACAAGCAAUUGACCCGGCGAUUAAAGGAUAUUCGCUUAAGCACCUCGGCGACCACUCGGUGCAUCGAUAUGCCAGAUUACACUUCAUCCUUGAAAGGUUUGAGCCCUCCCACGAGUGUAGCUAAUGCUGACAUUGUGAGGUAGUGACAUUUUAACGGAGAUCGAUGGUUUUCCUUCAAAAAAUUGCACCUCAUUAUUAGCCGACUAUUCCAACAGCUCCAAGUUUGUUGCACUGGGGAGUGAGGGUCAACAAGUUGGGGACUGGAGCGAAUCGUCAGAUCGGAACGGCAUCGAGAGCCAUU